GUCUGAUGGCUUUGAGCGUCAAUUAAUCUCGCUGCUAUCAAGCUACUAUUGUUGAUACUUUUGUUCCGUCACCGGAGACAUGGACACCAAAAUGAUAAAGCUGAGGUUGUUUAUUCACCAGCGGCUGUACUCAGCGGCAGAAGAGAUCCUCGGAGAGGUGGAGAAAACUAUAACGUCGGCUUUGUGCCAACCUGAAGUUAGUGGGUCUGAAGAGGAGGCUGGAAGACACCAGCGUGACAUCCAGCGAAAGAAAGCAGCUGCAGAGCCCUCACUGACCGGCAGCACAGUGGAACAUGGAGCCAAAUGUGAUGUCCCACCCUCAGCACAAGAAGAGCUUAACUUCUGUCUGAGUGCUGAGGUCUCGAGACCCUCUUACACCAGCGCAGAUCUGGACAAUAAUACCUACCUGAUGUCGGAGAUAAAAGGAGAGCCGGAGGAACUUGGGAAUUACAGUCAAACUCAAAAGAUGUUUUUUCCUUCUCCUGAAAAUGUGAAAAGCGAGCAAGUUCAGCCAGAGAUCCCAGUUUCAUAUGAACUACAGCCACUUUCUUCAGACUGCUCUGCAGUUCAGAGUGAGAACAAUGACAGCGAUGAGGAGUUGAUGAAGAGCAAAAGAGAACAAACCAAAACAGUGAAAAGGAAAGGAAGGAUAUUGCAAGGACAGGGUGUCAGCAUUAACAAGACGGACCCAGCGUCGCUGCCUCGUGACAAAAGCUCUGCCAAAAGUGAAAAGCAACGCAGUUAUUGCCAUAUUUGUGGCAAGGAAUUCCAGUACAUCGGCUCUUUGAUGAAGCACAUGAACACACAUGAGAGGAAAAUCAAUUGCACUGUCUGCGGGAAAACAUACCACUCGACAAAGCAGCUGAUAGCUCACGUGAAAAGUCAACACAGCAAAACAAGUUUUUGUGACAUUUGCGGCAAGACUUUUGCCAAUGUCCACUGUCUCAGGGUGCACGACAAAACGCACAAAGGCAUAAAAGAGUUUGCAUGUGAAGAAUGUGGCAAGACAUUUUCCCAAAAAGGGAACCUGAUUGUGCACGUGAGGACUCACUCUGGGGAGAAACCAUAUAAAUGUGAUACAUGUGGGAAAGCGUUUAGUCAGAGCCAGAGCCUAACAAUUCAUAAAAGAAUUCAUUCAGGGGAGAAACCGUAUGGUUGUGACCUUUGUGGCAAACAAUUUAUUACUCGCAAUCACCUCAAGGUACACAUGAGAUUCCACACAGGAGAAAAACCAUAUCCUUGUGAUAUUUGCGGUAAACAGUUUAGCCAUAGGUCAGUGAUGUCUAUACAUAGGACCACACAUACAAAAGGGAAGCCAUAUGGCUGGUCUGGAGGUCCACCUGAAAACGAAUUAAAGGCAGCUGCUAAGUGAAAACUGUUUUCAAAUUAUUGUGCUUUCUGUUUCGGUUAAUGACGGAAACAAAUAUGUAAGUAUUAAUUGUUAACUGUUUAGUUUCAUAUGUAGUUAAGUUUUUAGUGGUUGUCUUUGCUACCUGUCUUCAGUUUGUAGGUCAGGUUUUGUCUUUGUUAAGUCUGUUUAUGUUACUGUCUCACUUCCUGAGUUAAGUUCUGUUCACAUGAACUUAUUCAUGGACCCAGAACUAUGUUAACUGGGUUUAAUUCUGUGUCAUUUUUGGUUAAAUAAACCCCGAUUUUUUUUA